AUGGAUUCGAUCAAAUAUCUCGCGGAUUGCCUCUAUUUCAUCGUCGUUUUGGUACUUUCUGCGAUGGUGCUAGUGCAAUGUGGAAAGGGUCGAAAAACGGAAAAAGGUCUUCAACUGGGUGAGAAGAGCAAGCGACAGAAAAAAUCCGAACGACAAAAGUUAGAAAGAAAGAAGGGCUCAAUGAAGUCGAAGAGAUCGAUCAAAGAGAAGCUACUUGCACCCUGGAAAUCAUUCAAGGAGAAACACACUGGAAAGAGCAAGAAGAAAGACGAUGACGAGAAAGAAGAAAAAAACAAAACGAAGUUGAAAUUGGAUAAGAGCUCGCUUCGGACUGCUCGCGAACAAUCGCUCGAUGAUCGGAAGAAUAGGCGCCGAGAUCGAGAUGGAGUUCCCGAUGGAAGUGCUCGCCGAAAAUCGUCCCAGGUUGAACGUAAUAGAGACUCUAGCCGUCGUCGCCGUGAAGCCAAAUCCAAGCUUGAAGCCGACGUUGCCGCUGCACAAGAGCGUGAAAGGGCGAGGGCUCGUUCAAAACGCGACUCGAAACGUGGCUUAUCAAGCGGAUUACCGGUUGUUGUGCCGGCUGUUGUACCUGCACCACGCAGCAAACGUGACGAUGUUAACGCGAAUCUGAACAAAUCAGAAAAGUCUGUGAAGUCCCAGAAGUCGUCUGUGAGGUUGGCAAGAUCGAAAUCAUCAUCGAAAGGCUCGCAACAAAGCACCAAAGUUGACAGUCUCAAAGGGGGAAGCAAACACUCAAAGAAAUCAUUAAAUGAAGCUGAACUGAAUGCUCGCUUGAAAGUGAAUGCCAUCAAAAAUGCGAAGGCCCGUUCUACUACCUCAACUGGUGAGAAGAGCAACAAGAAGCGCCCAAAAGGCUCCAAAGAGCGUCAAACGAAAAUGGGCAAAGUCAACUCGUCACCCAUCAAAACGAUCAAAUCCACCAAGGAGAAGGUUGCAAAGAGCUUGUCUGGCUCGAUUGAGGCUCCGAAAGAAGUGAAAGGAUCACCCGGACUCGAGCCACCACCACCUCAACCAGUGUCACAAAGCAAUGAACAGAAGAAACAAAAUUCCCCCGUUCAAGAUGAUGUGAAGACACCAAAAUCGACGAAUGUGCCCAAAUUUGAAUUGGAGUACAUCAUGGUCCCUGAGAAACCCGUUGAGAGCAAAUUGGUGAAGGUGGAGAAAAUCGAGCCAUCCCAUGCACAAGAGGAUUCAACAAAGAAGAAGCCUGAUAUCGAUUCAUCCAAAAAACCAAAAGAUUUGGAAAUGCCGAAACCCAAAGAAACUGAGUGGGUGAAGACGAAGAAAAGCGAACAAAAGAUAGCAGCCGAUUCGGAGAAGAGAGAAGAGAAGUCAGCACCUAACAAAGCAUUGGAAUCAACCACGAAGGUUUUGAAAAAAGAGUUGCACGAGGAGAUUAAAACGAAAAAGUUGACCAAAUCGGUGUUGGGUCUGUUGUCGAAGAUCACCUCGAAGAAGUCAAACGAUGAAAAAAGGGAAGAAGCGAAGAAGGCAAAGAAAGAUCGGAAAGUGAAAGAAAUCCUAAAAGAAAAACCAACAGAAUCGGACAAAGCGACAAAGAAUGAAUCAGAAAAGGAAAAUGGAUCGAAGGAUUCGACAAAAUCGUCAAAGUUCGAUCAGAAAGCAAAUGAACCGAUGAAGUCAACAAAAAUUAACGAAUUCGCCAAAUCGACUACUCAGAAGACCGAGGAAAAGAAGAAGGUGGACAAACCGACAAAGCCAAAAGAUGAAACCAGUCGAUCUAAAGCGAAGUUGGAGAAGAAAACGGAUAAGGAAUCAACUGAGUCGACGAAGAAGAGCUUCCUCAAGGGACUUUUCGAGAAAUCGAAGAAGAAAUUGGACAGCAACAAGAAAGAUGACAAAAAGGAGAAAAAGUUGGGGCUCAUU